AUGUCAAUUGAUCUUAGGUCUCCCACAUUUUUUGAACGAUAUCAAAUUCACAGGACAGUCAACAAGUACUAUUCCAACUUCAAUGUCACUGCCGAAUAUAAUCAACAAAUAACUCCCGAAUUACUUUCGAAUGCUCUUCACAAUCUCAUAAUCAAAAAUCCAAUCCUUGGAUGUAAUUUCUUUCGAAUUAAUAACGAAGAUGAAACUCAAGACGCUAAUAAUUUCAGACUUCGCCCAAUCGAUGAGAUCAAAUUUGAUGAUAUUGUAGAAUAUACUGAUUUCGAAGUUGACUCUGAAUAUCUUACAUAUUUGAACUCCAUAAGAUUCGAAGUUGAUACAGAAAAACCAUUAUGGAAAUUAGUUGUAUCUCAAGGUGGAAACAAAACUAAAAUUAGUGUAGUUUGCAACCAUACAUUUUUUGAUGGCGGAAGUGGGUCGUAUUUCCAUACCGAUUUGGUUAAGGAAUUAAAUCAAUUAUCUGAUGUUCAUGACAAGAAGGAUGUGAUAUUCGUCAAUGAUGAGCUUAUACCAGAACAGGUUCCUGCUCCCGUUGACUCGCUUACGUCAUUAUACAACCCUCCAUUCGUUUUUAAAAUUGCAACUAUGUUAAAUUUAUUCUUGGUCCCGACAUGGUUGAAGAAUUUAUACAGAAGAUGGGUUUAUCCAAAUACCUACAAGUACCCAUUAUUCAAAUUUAAGCCAAUCGAAGUGGGAAGUCCAACAAAUUAUAGAAUAUUACACCUUUCCAAUGAAAAGUCACAAUCCAUAUUAAAAUUCACCAAAUCCCAAGGAUUAACAUUCACUCCUUAUCUCACCGGGAUUGCAUUAAAGGCCUUUCAAGACACAAUCACCCCUCACAUAUCCAAAGGCCCAUGCUCGAUGAAUGUAAUAAUUGAUACUAGUGGAAGAAGAUACUACCCUGAUUUAGAACCCCUUUUGAAAUAUCAAGGAUGUGUAGCAGCAAGUGAUAUCACUGUCGAACCAAUAAUAACCCCCACAAACACAUUCUCGAGUUUGAAAAACAUUAUGAAUUACAUUUCUGGGAUAAUGAACAAAGAUAUAAAAUCCCGUUCAAUAUUUCAUUAUGUGGGAUUGUUGAAAUCAGUUAAUAUUUCCCAACUCUUUAAGAAGAAGAUCGGGUCACAUGGUCGAGCAACUAUAGAAGUCUCGAAUUUGGGUUGUAUCAGAGAUAUAGAAGGAGAUAUAAAGAUAGAAAAUAUGUGGUUUAGUCAAGAUAAUGGAUUCCUGGCCCAUAUUCAAUUUUCAAUCGUAAGUACCCCCAAAGGAGGAAUGAACAUUGUUUGUGGAAAUCUUAAUGAGGUAGAAGAGAUUAUAAAUCCAGAUACAGGCACCAAAAUCAUUGAUGAAUUCAUAAAAACACUAAAUGAUAGAUUGAUACAAUAUACCCAAUCAUCAUGA